AUGCAACCCAACCACUAUGACCUACUGGGUCAGGUGCACGAUGACCCUCGAUCGGUCGGGCGACUGACGCGAGAAGCCCAUCAGCCGCCGUCGCGCGAGCCUCACGCCUUCCAGCAGUCCCGGUCGCCUGCUGCUGUUGCGCCCACGAGAUCCGAAGAUUCCUGGAUCGAGGUCUCCUCACAGCCCUCCUCCUCUUCCCUCUCCUCCGCCGGCACCAACGACGAUAUUAUCACCACGGGUCUGCGCGUCCAGCAGGAUGAAGCCGGUGCAUACCAUCGCAGCCGACGGCGUCGUCUGCAGCGGCUGGCUGCCGUCACCACCGCCCAAGUCGAUUACUCGUCCCGCGAACAAAGCAGCAGCCAAGACGAAUACGAGGAGAGUGAGAGCGAGUCGGACCGCGUCCUCAGCAGUUCGAACGAGGACAUGGUCCGUCAAGCUUUACCUACCCCGUUCGUCCCGGGACCUGGCCCCUCUUCGACCGCUUCCGAUGAUGCCAGCGAUGAGGAUGAUGAUGAUGACAACUCGACGGCGUUGGGAAUGCGUAUGGGUUCAGCUCCCUUUGUUCCUCAGCCCAACGUCUUCUCGCACCCACCUGCAUCUCAGAACACCUCUUGGAGGCCUACCGGAGGACACCGCUCACAGCCCAGUGAGGUGUCCAACUCCAGCCGUCGCACAGCGAUCCGCAGAAACUCUCAAGCAAGUAUACGCUCCGCACGGAGAUCCUCCCAGCAACAUAGUCCAUUCAAUAUGAUCUCACCGUCCCACCACGCGGAUCACGACGCCGCUCUGCGUGCCAGUCUUUCCACAUUGCUCUCCUGUGCCGCUGCGGCCCGCGGUCUGCCCAAAUCCGACCCUCCCCCGUCACAGGCCAGUCCUUCUCGAGGCCACCCAUCUUCCUUCCGCUUAGUACCGGAGUCAGUAGCGAUGGGAGGAGAAGUUGGCGAGGAAGCCGUAGGGACGGAAGCGACUGUCCCCACUCGGACCCCGCGGCAGGGACCCACUCCGCAGCCGGCCGCAUACUCACCCCGCGAUGUCCAGUCGGCCCCUCGAGCCAAGCGGCGGUCCAGCCCUUCCAAAGAACGUAGCCACUCCUCUGCAAAGAAGGGCCGUCGAGCCAGCAUAGCGGAUGCUUCGACUGCCAGUCCCACCGUCAUGACCUGGGUGAUCAGCGCGGGUGUUGUCGUCCUAUUUUCAGCCAUCAGCUUCUCCGCCGGCUACGUGCUGGGCCGCGAAGUCGGACGCUUGGAGGCCAGCACGGGAAUGACCGUGGCGGGCGAUACUGGCGUUCCCGGCCGAGCAGCGGCGGGCUGUGGCCAAGAAGCAGUCCGAGGUGGUCUCAAACGUAUCCGCUGGGGAUCAGGAACCUCUGGGUCAGGCAUCAUUGCGUGA